GACGUUCGACCUCUUGUCGCCAACCUUUUUCACCCAACUUCCCCCGUGAUCAUCAGCCAUCAUGUCUAAGAGAGGUCGUGGCGGUGCCGCCGGCAACAAGCUCAAGAUGACUCUCGGUCUGCCUGUUGGCGCCGUGAUGAACUGCUGCGACAACUCCGGUGCUCGCAACCUGUACAUCAUCUCCGUCAAGGGUAUCGGUGCCCGCCUGAACCGUCUCCCCGCUGCCGGUGUCGGAGACAUGGUCAUGGCCACCGUCAAAAAGGGAAAGCCCGAGCUCCGCAAGAAGGUUAUGCCCGCCGUCGUUGUCCGCCAGAGCAAGCCCUGGCGCCGCCCCGACGGUAUCUUCCUGUACUUCGAGGACAACGCAGGAGUUAUCGUCAACGCCAAGGGUGAGAUGAAGGGUUCCGCCAUCACCGGUCCCGUCGGAAAGGAAGCUGCUGAGCUCUGGCCCCGUAUUGCCUCCAACUCCGGUGUCGUUAUGUAAAGAGAGAAAACCCGAAUUUUAAAGAAAAAGAACGAUACCAAACCUCAAAUCUGCUUGGGACCUGGAAUGCGGUGCAUAUGAGACCAUAGGAUUAAAAUGGGAGCUGGACAGGUGGUGUCCAUUUGACGAAAUCCAACUGUUUUUAUUUUAAAGCCGGUUUUAUCCUCCAUCUUCGUCUUUUCUCCCUCCCUUCGCUGGCGACU